UAGGCCAAAAUAAAAUAAACAAAAUAAAAAAUCGGGAGGGGGAGGUGAAGACGCGGCAGGGGAUCGCAUCCACGAAUCCAAGAUCAAAUCGUGGACUGAAAUGAGGACAGAGCUUGUGUUCUUCGGCUAGUAAAUUGUAUCGUCCGCUGAAGCAGCAUAUUUUUGACCGGAAAAACGUAAAACUCUAGGAAAGGAGUGGAAGAGCUGUUGGCUGCUGCUGUUUCUUUGGGUGCCUCUAACGCCUUAUCGCACCAAAAGGAGGGUAACGACUCAACGUAUAGCAUUGCAAUGAGAUUGGACUUAUCCUUGAUCUAACGUGUGAUUCUUGAAGAAAUCCUUUUGGAUGCUGGAUUCUGAUAUAUUCAUUACCUAUGGCAUCAUCUGUUUUUCACGCUGUGAUUAGUACUUUGGAGUGGGUGACAGUGGCUUUGGAUACUCCAUCUGCUAGAGCUGUUGUUUUCGGAGUUCAUAUUGGAGGACAUCUUUUUGUGGAGGGUCUUCUUCUGGUGGUCAUUCUUUUCCUACUGUCCCAAAAGAGUUACAAGCCCCCUAAACGGCCAUUAUCAAAGAAGGAAAUAGAUGAGCUAUGUGAAGAAUGGGUUCCAGAACCACUUAUUCCUCCUAUUACAGAAGAGAUGCGAUAUGAGCCACCAGUGUUCGAAAGUGCUGCUGGGCCACAUACAACAAUCAAUUGCAAAGAAGUUGUGAACUUUGCUUCAGCUAAUUAUCUCGGAUUAAUAGGGAAUGAGAAAUUGCUUGAGUCUUGCACCUCUGCAUUGGAAAAAUAUGGUGUUGGUUCAUGUGGCCCUCGUGGAUUCUAUGGAACUAUUGAUGUCCACCUUGAUUGUGAGGCCAGAAUAGCGAAGUUUUUGGGGACUCCAGAUUCAAUUCUCUAUUCGUAUGGACUUUCUACCAUGUUCAGUGCAAUUCCAUGUUUCUGCAAAAAAGGAGACAUAAUAGUUGUUGAUGAGGGGGUUCACUGGGGAAUUCAAAAUGGCCUAUAUCUUUCUAGAAGCACCAUUGUGUAUUUUAAGCAUAAUGACAUGGAUUCUCUACAAAACACGUUGGAGAAAAUAACUGCAGAGAAUAAGCGUGCUAAACAAUUGCGUCGCUACAUCAUUGUUGAAGCAAUAUACCAGAACUCUGGCCAAAUAGCUCCAUUAAAUGAGAUCAUUAGAUUGAAGGAGAAAUAUCGGUUUCGUGUUUUGUUGGAUGAAAGCAACUCAUUUGGAGUGCUUGGCAGAUCUGGAAAAGGUCUAACUGAAUACUACGGCGUUCCGGUUGAGAAGAUAGAUAUUAUAACUGCUGCAAUGGGGCAUGCAUUAGCCACUGAAGGAGGAUUCUGCACUGGCAGUGCCAGAGUCAUUGAUCACCAACGACUGAGCAGCUCUGGAUAUGUCUUUUCGGCUUCAUUGCCUCCGUAUCUCGCAAGUGCUGCAAUUACCGCAAUUGAUGUCCUAGAGGGUAAUCCUGCUUUAGUAACCAAGCUGAAAGAAAACAUUGCUAUAUUGUGGAAAGGGUUAUCAAACAUUCAGGGCCUCUCCAUAGCAAGCAAUCCAGAAUCACCUAUUGUUUUUCUCAAACUUGAUAAGUCCAUAGGUUCGGUGAAAGAUGACCUAAAAGUCCUUGAAGAUAUCGCUGAUCGUGCCUUGAAGGAAGACUCUGUGCUUGUAGUAGUUACUAAAAGGUCAACAAUUGAUAAGUGCAGAUUGCCUGUAGGAAUCAAGUUGUUUGUGUCAGCUGCUCAUUCAGAAUCCGAUGUCCUGAAGGCAUGUGAAUCCUUGAAGAGGGUUUCAGAAUUGGUGCUGCGUACUAGUAAUUGACUCUUUCCAGUGAUUUCUGUCUGUGUGUCGUGUUGGGGGGGGGGGGUGUCUGCUGGACCAGAUCAGUAUCAGAUGAACUGACAGUCUUCUGAAUUGUGAUAAAUAUUUUCAGAAACCUCUCUUUUGGCAUGAUUUAUUUUGCAAGAGAAGAAUUUAAUUUCUUGUUGUAAAAUUAUGCAAGAAAUUUUCUUUUAAGUUAAA